GACUACCGUCGUCGUCAUGAUGAACUCGGAGAUGAGCAGCAGCAUGCAUUCAGGACGUCCGGAAAGCGAUUUCAGCAUCGAAUGCUUCCAGAAUUACACCGCUCCGGAAGUGUUCGUCCAAGGGUUGGCCGGUUUGGUCAACCAAACGGAUGUGGAAGUUAUGAUACGGGCACAGAAACAAAUGUUGCAACGCUUUGAAAAAACGAAUGAAAUGUUGCUCAACUGUAAUGCGCUCAGUGCCAGCCGUCUCAAGAUUGCUACGGAUGAUUUUAAAAAGCACACGAAACUGCUGCACGACAUGAAGAAAGAUUUGGACUACAUUUUUCGCAAGAUACGGACGAUAAAGACAAAAAUCGGUAACCAAUAUCCGACGGCAUUUGCUGAAGCCGAGGCCAAGAACAAACCGAUCAGUUUCGACGAGGAAGAUGAAAUCGAUACCGCAAGUCGAGCGGAAACGUUAGACGAGAAAAGGGAGCAACCCGGUGAUGGUGGUAACACACCGUCAGUGUCGUCGACACCCGUCAAGGCGUCAUCUGCUGGGAAGGGAAAACCAUCCAUCAGCAAACCAGUGGAUGGGGAAGGUGAUGGGAAGGAACGGAAGAAAGCGCUAGCUAGUGGUAGUAGGGAAAAUUCGACUGUAGGAUAUGUGAAAAUGGAACAAAGUCCAGAAAAUCGGAAAUCCGGCGGCGGUGGAUCGAGCAGCGGUGAGCAGAAGCGACGAUCGUUCCGAUCGACUCAAAGCAGUUCGACUGAUAAUUCUAACGAUUCUUCAGAUUGUACGUCCGAUACGGGAUAA